CACAAUUAGUGAGAGGAAUCAUAAGAUGAGACAUGCCAUUGCCGUGUCCAACGGCGUAAGAAGCAUCAAAUUUCAUUCGCUCUCUGUCCGCUACUCGGCCCUGAGAUGUCUUCAUUCCUCUGCGCGUAGGCACAGUCCACAACAUCCCAACAGCCCCGACGCUCUCGAUCCGCGCCUGGAAGACCUGGGGAACGUUAUCAGAGAUGAAUAUGCGAUAAUCAGGGAGAACUACAAUGCCCCAAAACAUGCAGUUGUUCUCGCGCAUGGCCUGCUUGGAUUCGCCGAGCUGCGUCUUGCUGGACGUUAUCUUCCUGGAGUUCAAUAUUGGCGUGGUAUAAAGGAAGCUUUAUCGAUGCAAGGUGUUCGGGUUAUCACUGCCACAGUGCCUCCCUCCGCAUCCAUCGAAACGCGUGCUGAAGAAUUAGCGAGAGAUAUCGCUGCCGGUGCACCCGGAGAACAUGUAAACAUUAUUGCUCAUAGCAUGAGCGGGCUUGACUCUCGAUAUAUGAUCACUCAUUUGAAGCCGACUGAUUUCAAGGUAAAAUCGUUGACCACGAUUGCGACUCCCCAUAGAGGCUCUGCUGUUGCAGACUUCGCCCUCAAGCAGAUUGGCGAUGACCGCCUGGCCCAGCUGUACUAUGCUCUAGACCGGCUAAAGGUAGAAACGGGCGCAUUCGCCCAAUUAACCCGUGACUAUAUGACGAACACCUUCAACCCCGCAACGCCAGACAUUGAAGACGUCCGAUACUUUUCGUAUGGGGCGGCAAUGCAGCCAAGUUUCUGGUCCGUCUUCCGUCUAUCCCAUCGUCUUCUGGAUCAAAUAGAAGGGUACAAUGAUGGGCUUGUCAGCGUUGCCAGCAGCAAGUGGGGAGCAUACAAGGGCACCCUGGAGGGCGUCAGCCACCUGGACUUAAUCAACUGGAGCAAUCGACUCAAGUGGCUGGCCGGAGAAAUUACAGGCAACAGACAGAGGUUCAACGCCAUUGCAUUUUACCUUGAUAUUGCAGACAUGCUCGCUAAGGAAGGACUCUGACGACCCACCCCACUGCAGUCAAAUUGGAAAUCUUGGUGCCUAGAAGUGUACUUGUAAUUCGAAGUAUAGAUCACUUGGCG